AGAAGAUCAAGGAAACACUAUAGAACACUAUAAACUACAGACCAAUCAGUCAAUGAGUGGAGUAGUCACGUCAUGAAUCCAUAACGGAAGUUUCAAAGCCAUCUUUUUUCUGGUAGAUAAAGUAGGACUAGUUUGCUGCUAUUGCUACGAUUGCGACGCAUUUUGCAGUAUAUGAGGAGCGAGUAUGUGGAGCCUCUGGAGUGUACUCGAUAAUCACCGGGACUCGCGAGAGAGAACACAGAGAGAAGAUGGAUCUUCUCUGCUGGAUGGUCAGUGUUUUAAGUUUUCACCUGCUUUGGAGCUCUGCAGGCUUGCAGGCACAGUUCGUGGGGCAGACGUGUGAUCUGGAGAGUGAGUUCUCCACUCUCGUCCCGUGCCUGCCUUUCGUGCAAAUGCAAGACAAUAGUCCCUCGGACGAUUGCUGCGUUAGAGUUCAUGCAGUCCUCAAGGAUCACUUUCCUUGUAUGUGUACGCUCAUCGAUGGAGCUGGAGGUAUGGUCGGGCACAUCCUCAAUGAUAUGAACUUCACCUUGGCGAUGGAGCUGCCAUCGCUCUGCGGCGUGAAAGGAUUUCAGCCAUCGGCUCAGUGCGGAUCCUUUGGUGGAAUCGGACCAUCACCAUUGUUCGCCAAUCCAAACUUCUCUGGAGCUUGGUCAAGAAAGGCCGGAGCUUGGGUCGUGGCAGUAGUAACUAUGGCGAUGGCAUCUCUCUUCAUGAAGCUGUGAGAAAGGAGAGCGUGAGUUUCGUGAGUUUUUGUGUGCAUAAUGGAUCCUUUUUUUUUUCUUC